GUGAUCCUCUGUUGGGUUUAAAAGCUUAGGAGCGAAAGAGAAGAACACAGUACACAAUUCCCCACUGGGCACUGUCUGAAUCACACAAACAGUCCGGGUACUGUGUCCCGAAACAUGUCGGACACCGAAGAGGUCGCUUAUGAAGCAGACACUUCAGAGGAAAAUGGAGUGGGUGCAGAUGAUUCAAAGCCCAAGUUUAAGCCUGCAUUUGUGCCUGGCUUGGCCCCUCUUAAGAUCCCAGAUGGUGAAAAAGUGGACUUUGAUGACAUCCACAGGAAGCGAAUGGAAAAGGACCUGACUGAGCUGCGCACCCUGAUUGAAGAUCACUUUGAGAAGCGAAAGAAGGAAGAGGAGGAGCUGCUUGUGCUCACAGAUCGCAUUGAAAAACGCAGGUCUGAGAGAGCUGAGCAGAUGAAGAUUAGAGCUGAGAGGGAACGAGAACGGCAGGCCAGACUAGCUGAAGAGAAAGCAAGAAAAGAGGAAGAAGAAGCUAAGAAGAAAGCAGACGAUGAUGCAAGGAAGAAAAUGAUUUUAUCCAACCUGAGUUUUACUGGAUAUACGCAAGCACAACCUGGAACUAAAAGGCAGACAGAAAGGGAAAAGAAGAGGAAAAUCCUAAAUGACCGCCGCAAAGAGCUAAACAUCGAUCACUUGAAGGAGGACAAACUGAGAGAGAAAGCAAAGGAGCUGUGGGAUUCUAUGCGACAGCUUGAGGCAGAGAAGUUUGAGCUUCAGUUUAAGUACACCAAGCAGAAGUAUGAGGUAAAAGUGCUGAAUUGUUAUUACUGUGGAAGUGCACAAACAAUAAAAUUGUUUGGAAAUGACUCAUUCCAGGAUGAGGACGGUGAAAGAAAUGAUUUUAUACAAAGAAGCUUUGCAAAACCACAUUAUCUGUCAUCAUAAAUAGAUCUCAGCCAGAGAUCACCAGCAGAUAAAGCAGCAUGCAACUGUCUUACAGAUAUGACACCUUUCAACAAUCACAAUGAUAAAAAGAUGGUUUUUGAACAGAAGCUCAUUGUAAAGAAAAACAUAUAAUGAUGAAACUUUUUCUAGUUGCAUAACGUUAAAGGUGUCAGAAAUUUCAAUAUAUAUAUAUUUUUUUUAGGGUUUCAGAUUGACAGAAAAUGAGCAAAAUAUCAGUCUCUCCUCCUUUAGAGAGUAUGCAUGUUUAAUUGCUGACCUUUGACCCCCAUAAAAAGUCAUCUUCCAAGAAACUCAGGAUUUUAAAAAUAUGGCCUCACUUUUCCUUUUAGCACACAUUGCAACAACUGCUCUUGUUAAAACACUAAAGACAUUUUAUUGAGUGCAUAUUAUUACAACAAAGAUUAAGCGCCAUAACCCCCCUCCUCUUGUCCAGGCAAUGUGUGUUUUAUACAAUAAAUCUCUGAGAAAGUUAUAUGUCUCUUCUGAAAUGCAUUAUGGGGGUUCUUUGUCUUUGUAGAAAAUUGUAUGCUUAGUUCAAAAGGCUUUACACGAUGUUCUUAUUUUUAUUUUUUGCCUUAUCUACAGGCUUUUACUAGAUGUUUUCUGCAGGCCCUAUCUGCAGAGCAAACUGAUCGAUUCCGCCCAUCAUUCCUCUAGUGGGGUUGUUUAAACUAUCAAACAGAAAGAAAAAAAAAUGGUUUCAUAGAGUGAUGGGGAUAAAAGAAAAUAUUUUCUUCCACAUGUUUUAUGUCUUAGUUCUUAUGUUUAUUCAUACAUACAAUAAAUAUGCUUCUCCAUGCAGAGUUACAAAUAAGUUGUUACCUAGAGAUACGGAUCUUUUUGGGUGUUUUUUCAGACAAUAU